GGAAGUUAUAGAUGAAAAAGCUCUCAUAGUUUUGUUGGAUUAAGUUGAUUCACAUCAGUCUUAUCUCUGUUUUGCAAGGAUUUAUCCCAGGGUAUCAAUAAUUUUCCACGGGUACCACACUAAAAUCACGUGCAAAAGAAACCUCAUUUAUAUAUAUCGAAGGGAGCCAGUAUACUCCCACUGCUAAAGAGCACCCUCGUAAUGCGGCUCAGAGUUUUUACCAUAUAAAUAUGUUCCUCAAGAAAAUAUACCAGGAAAUAGUCAGGGCUUGCACUAGAUGGCGUGUUAUUUCCAGUCAUGCCAUGGAAGGAUGGAAGCUUCCGUCCGCUGCCCAAAUCAAGCAUCACAUAAUCAAAAAAGAACACCCCUAAACAUACAGCUAUUUCCGAAUUCUAGUAAUAGAAAUGGUUAGGCCAGGACUAGACAGCCAUUAAUCGGAGAUGAUUCUCAAAAAGAGCAUAAGCCACAGCAUACCAUAGCUGAAUGCUCAUAAACGAGGAGACUAAAAGUAAAGAAACUAUAAGGUAAUGAGAUAGUGUAAUAACAGAGUAUAUUUCCGCAGUGUGGAAGCCUCUUACCUCUUCGACUCAGUCAGAACAGACAAAAUUGCGUUGAAAAGACCUCGUUGAAUUACACCACUCUAAUCAACAGCAUGACUUCCAAUACCACGAUGGGUGAGAAUAUCGUUCAGGAGGACUAUAUGUUUAGUCGUGGAUUUCGAGACUCGGCACGACUCCAUAUUCAACAUCUGUUGUGGAACAUACGCUUGGGAUGGCUGCUCCAUCCUUCAAUUCCCUUCCCGAAGACUUCCCAAAAAGAAGAUGCAUUCUCCGUCGCCGAUAUAGGAAUUGGUAGUGCAGAUUGGCUGCUAGAAUUGUCACAGAAAGUCUCGCAGAAUGUGCGACUUCAUGGUUUCGACAUAUCCAAAGAACUUUUCCCAGCAAAAGAAUACCUUCCUUCAAACAUGAACCUUGAGAUUCUCGAUGCUUUCGGACCGUUGCCCGAACAUCUCAAGGGAAAAUUCGAUAUUGUUCACAUCAGGGCUUUCACAAUUGUUGUGAAAGGGGGCCAUCCUGGAAUUUUGCUAGAAAAUCUCAUUGCUAUGCUGAAGCCAGGAGGAUAUCUCCAGUGGGAUGAGAUGGAUUCUGCAUCUUUCAGUGCCCAUUCCCCAAACGAACGUACACCCAAAGUGAAUAUGGAACUAGUCAUAGACAUAUUUCAAGAAAUGUGCAAGAAGAGUGACCUAGCUUUUGAAUGGAUCUCCAACUUGGCAGAGAUAUGUGAACAACAAGGCCUGAAAGUCGUCGACAGCAUCCGUCUUCCGUGUAAUGAUAUAAUGAGACAAAUGACGACGGAUAAUUAUUUGAUGGGCCUUGAGGAUUUGGGAUAUGUUGUAUCGGAGAGAGCGCUUGGGGAAAGAACAGCGUAUAGAGAGGCGUUCAACAAAGCGGUGUUGGAGACAAGAGAAGGGGUCAGUAUUUCUAUGGAUAUGGUUGUUGUUGUGUGUCAAUUGGAGAAGAAGUGAUUGCGAAGAAACGAGGUUCUAAAUGUCUUAUGAUAAUGAGCUGCAAGAUCGGAUA